GGCUUUCUCCCGAGCGGUGCUCCGAGCUCUCCCCGCACCAGGGGCGAGCCUGGCUGCUGAGGCGGAGGGGGAUGACGGACCCUUUGAGGAGGACGCUGUCCAGGCUCCGGGGGAGGCGGGGUCCUCGCGCCGCCGGGGGGCCCGGGCGCCGGGCGGCCGCAGCAGCCACCGUGGCGGCCUCUUCGGCUGCCGAGGGAGACGCCGGGGGUGCUCCGGACGGGUCCCUACGGGAGCGCGCCAGCGGAGCCCGGCCGAGCCUGGAGCGACCGCCGCCGUCGCCUCAGGCGUGGGGUCCUGAGGCGCGGGUCCCGGGAGGGCGGCCGGAGAGGUCGGGGGCGCUGGGGCCUCGGCCGCGCAGCGGGAAGGAGGCUGCACCCCCGGGCCGCGGGCUCACUCGCGCCUCUCUGCACGCUCCGCCGGGCUCCGAGGGCAGCGGAGAGGACGAGGAGGACGACGCCGACUACUACGAGAACCUGCCCGGCGGCUCCCAGCCCGCGCCGGAGCCUGAGGGGGCGGAGGCGGAGCGGUGGCCCCCGCCUCCCCCGGCCGCUGGCUCCUCCCCAGGGGCGGAGGGCGGCCGUCUGGAGACAGGCAGGCUGCAGACCCAGUUGCGAGAGGCCUAUUAUCUGCUGAUCCAGGCCAUGCACGACUUGCCCCCUGACUCGGGCAGGCGGCAGGGCGACCGGGGCAGGGCGGAUUGCGGCUGCCCUGCGGGAGCCCGGGCUCCGGGCCAGCCGCCUUCCCCCUGCGGCGCGGCGGCCCGCCGAGCCUGCCCCCGAGACUGCGAGCGGGGAGGCGGCGGCCGCACUUGGCAGCAGGUGUCCCCGCCCCGGUCGCCUCCGAAGGAGUCGGGGGGAGGCCGCCUGCGGACUCCUCGGAUGCUGCUGUCCUGCAGCAGAAGCCUCGACAGCCUCCGCGUGGGUGCCAAGCCGCCUCCCUUACAGCGGUGGCGGAGCGACAGCUGGAUCAGGUGCGGCGCGCGCGGGGAACCGGACGAGCCCCCGCCACGUGGAGGCGGGAUGGACGGCUGGAGCGGAGGCAGCUCCCGGGCCGCGGCGCCCUCGGGCCUCCGGACUCGCAGCUCCGAGGACCCCCGCCGCUCCUCAGGAAGCCGCGGCAAAGAAGACGGCCAGGAGGGGCUCCCCUUCCUCAAACCGCCCGCGGUGACAGUCAAGAAGCUGCAGAAGUGGAUGUACAAAGGACGCCUGCUGUCCCUGGGAAUGAAGGGUCGCGCUCGUAGGACACCCCCCGAAGUCACCCGAGCGCAGGCAACGUCUCCAAAUCUGGGCGCUUUGAAAAUGCGGGAAAGCCAAGUCGUCUCGGUGCCACCAGACCAAAGAAUUACGCUGACAGACUUAUUUGAAAAUGUCUAUGAGUCUUCAAUGAAGAGAAGAGAACUUGAAGAUCUGAAGGAUAAUAUUGGCUUCAGGGGUCAUAAGCCACUUAAUAGCAUCACUGUGUCAAAGAAACGCAAUUGGCUAUAUCAGAGUACUCUGAGAUCUUUUAAUUUGGAAGAAGAAAAUAAGAAAUGCCAAGAUAUAAGUCAUUUAUCCAUCUCACCCGUUUCUCUACCUAAACUGCAGCUGUCACGACCUUUCCUCAAAUCAUCUGAAGAAUAUUGUACAUAUAUGGUGUGUAAUGCUACAAAUUCUUCAUUAUCAAGAAACUGUUCAUUAGACUUUAAUGAGGAAAAUGAUGCAGAUGAUGAAGGAGAAAUAUGGUACAACCCCAUUCCUGAAGAUGAUGACUUUGGUAUAUCAAAUGCCUUGAGUUUUGGGGAGGCAGACUCUGCUGUUCUGAAGUUUCCUGAUGUCGGUUUGAGAGUAUUAUCUGGUAGUGACCUAAUGAAAGGAGAGCAGCACACUGAAGACUUGCUGUGCUCUUCUGAACACACAGGCGAUGUUCAGACCACACAGUCAAAUGAAAUAAAUCCUAUAGAUUCCACCUAUUCCACAGAGUUUGUGCAGCAGUACAAGCAAAAGCAUGGACACAAGACACAAGAAGGUAUAAUAGUAGAGGAGAGUCCCAUGUUGAGAUCUCCUUUUGCAGGUCCUGGGAUAGUAGCUGCUACAAAUAAGCCUGAUUUGGGAGUUACAGAACCAUCUUCUACAAGCCCUAGCCCUGUGAAAAAAGGCAGUUCAAUUCAUUGGUCUUUCCCGGAUAAAAUAAAAUCUCCACGAACUGUGAGGAAACUUUCCAUGAAAAUGAAAAGGUUGCCAGAAUUUAGCCGGAAACUGAGUGUUAAAGGAACCUUGAAUUAUGGAAACAGUCCAGAUAAUACUCCUUCCUUGUCUAAAUGUAACUGUCAAGAAAUUCAUCAUGCUGUUAUUCUACCUUCUGGGAACACAACCACAGCUGCUAAGAGGAAUGUUAUAAGCCGGUACCAUCUUGAUACUAGUGUGUCUUCUCAGCACAGCUACCAGAAGAAAACCUCUGUGAGUUCUAAGUAUUCCUGCAAAAGUGGUUACCUCAGUGAUGGAGAUUCUCCUGAACUUAUAGCUAAAUCUAGCAAACAUGGAUGUGAAAACAAAUUUGCAAAAGGAAAAGAAAUAAUUCCAAAUAGUUGCAGCAAGAAUGAAAUAGACAUUGAUGCUUUUAGACAUUAUAGCUUUUCUGAUCAACCUAAGUGUUCUCAGUACAUGUCUGGGCUCAUGAGUGUGCAUUUGUAUGGUGCUGAGGAUUUAAAACCACCUCGGAUAGAUUCAAAAGAUGUCUUUUGUGCAAUUCAGGUAGAUUCAGUAAACAAAGCCAGAACAGCUUUGCUCACAUGUCGGACAACGUUUUUAGACAUGGAUCACACUUUCAACAUAGAAAUUGAAAAUGCACAGCAUUUGAAAUUAGUAGUAUUCAGUUGGGAACCCACGCCAAGAAAAAAUCGAGUGUGUUGUCAUGGAACUGUUGUUCUUCCCACCUUAUUCAGAGUGACAAAGACACAUCAGUUGGCUGUCAAACUUGAACCUAGAGGUCUUAUUUAUGUGAAAGUGACUCUUUUGGAACAGUGGGAGAAUUCACUUCAUGGACUAGAUAUAAAUCGAGAACCAGUAAUAUUUGGUGUUGAUAUUCGAGAAGUUGUAGAGAAAGAAAAUAUAGGCUUGAUGGUACCACUCCUGAUUCAGAAAUGUAUUAUGGAAAUUGAAAAGAGAGGCUGUCAGGUAGUUGGCCUGUACCGAUUAUGUGGCUCGGCAGCAGUCAAGAAAGAACUUCGAGAGGCUUUUGAGAAGGAUAGCAAAGCUGUUGGUCUGUGUGAAAGCCAAUACCCAGAUAUAAAUGUAAUAACAGGUGUUCUUAAGGAUUAUUUAAGAGAACUUCCUUCUCCUCUGAUAACAAAGCAGCUUUAUGAGGCUGUAUUAGAUGCAAUGGCAAAAAAUCCUUUGAAAAUGUCAUCAAAUGGUUGUGAGAAUGAUCCAAGUGAUUCUAAGUACACUGUUGACCUGCUGGAUUGUCUGCCUGACGUUGAGAAGUUCCCCGACCAGGGAUCGAACCCGGGACCCCUGCAUUGGGAGCACGGAGUCUCAGCCACUGGACCACCAGGGAAGUCCCUAUAUUUCUUAUCAUAUGAGAACAGAAAGUCAAAAGCAACCCUAAUGAUGUUGUUGGAUCAUUUGAAAUUGGUGGCUUCUUAUCGUGACGUGAAUAAGAUGACUUGCCAGAAUUUGGCUGUGUGCUUUGGACCCGUAUUAUUAAGUCAGAGGCAAGAGACUUCCACCCAUAACAACAGAGUCUUCACUGAUUCAGAAGAACUUGCAAGUGCUUUGGAUUUUAAAAAACAUAUUGAAGUUCUUCAUUACUUACUUCAACUCUGGCCAGUGCAACGUUUAACUAUCAAAGAAUCAGCAAACAAUUUGUUCCCAGAGCACAAGUCUUCUCUAAAUUAUUUGAGGCGGAAGAAAGAACGACCUUACCUGUUAAAUUUGAGUGGUACUGAUUCAUCAAGAGUACUUAGGCCAAGGCAAACCAGGUUAGACAGUCCACUAAGUAAUCGUUAUGCAGGAGACUGGAGCAGCUGUGGAGAAAACUACUUUUUAAAUAUGAAAGAAAAUUUAAAUGAUGUGGAUUAUGACGAUGUGCCUUCAGAAGACAGAGAAAAUGGAGAAAACUGUAGCAAAAUGUAUGAAUCAGAUAUCAUGAUUGAACAGCCAACUCCCACAUCCAAAGAGUGCGCAUUUCAGACAUAUUUGACAAUGCAGGCUAUUGAGUCUAGGGACCGAAAAGUCAAUCUCAAAGAUCUACAAGAAAGUAUUGAUACUUUGAUUGGAAAUCUAGAGCGUGAACUCAACAAAAACAAGCUUAAUAUGAGUGUUUGAGGUUGAGAGUUUUUUUUUUUAAUAAUGUCUUAAGUUUCACAUCAAUCUUUGUCACUUUCUUGUAUCUCUCACAGUGAUGUUUUAAAUUUUUUACUCUUGAAAGCUUCAGUUACUUUCUAACAGGUUCAUGUGAUUCAAUUAAAAACACCAUUCAUUAACAUAAUUUUUACUUAUUUCAUUAGAAAAUUUUUCUUGAGGUAAAAAGAUAACCUGGACUUCUUAUGGAUAUUUGUUUAAAUCUUGCCAAUUCUGUGGAUAUAACUUUAAAAUGCACUUCUAAGAUUCACAUAAGUUAUUAGCCCCUCAAGAUUUUUGUACUUUAUAGGAACUGCUUUUCUGAAACAGAUGUUCCUUCUAGAAGAAUGCUGUGGCUGCUUAGUCUGAUUUGCAGCAUGAGUCCGUGCACACUGCAACAUCAUUCAAUCACAUUUCAUUUGCAAUGCAAAUGCUGCUAUAAGAAAACCUUUUAAUAAAUAAAAGUAAAAUUAUACAAAUAGUAAUGUAUUCUGUAUUAACAUUCAGUAAUUAUUUAAACAUAAAAUUAAAUAUUUUUAUAAUCCCGAAAAUAUGUAUAUAUUUAUAAGUGCAUAUAUAUAUAGGUAUUAGAAUGAGGGGAGGGAUUGGCUGCAGAAUCACAUGUAUCUUUAAAAUAUAUGUCAUGAGGCCAAAAUCGUUAGCUUAAAAAUGUCCUUUUCAGGGAAAGAACAUUUAAGUUAAAGGAGGAGUUGCAUAGAAACUCUUGAACCAAAACUCUAGAAACAUCUAAACAUAGAAAAAAUAGACUUUCCUUUUGUGAUUCAUAGAAAGUCACAAUAUCCCCAGUGAGAAGUCAUCCUUUAAAUUGAAAUUUUCUAACUUUUUAAGGGAUUAAGUUUUGAGAUUUCUGCACUGGUGACUUAAACUUAAAAUUCUUCACCUAAUCUAUGUGUUUUUAUCUUCUGCUUUUUAAAACAAAUUAAUUAUACUUAGAACAUAUUUAUUUGUAAUAGUACAUAUAUAACU